UGGACUGAACUGAGGGAUUUAGAACUGUCCGUGCGGAUUGGACUUUCUACUGAGGAUGCUGCGAGACUUUUCUGAGCGAUGGGUUAGGAGGGAUUUAACAUCAUGAUGGCAGAAUAAACGGAAAGGGCUGCUUUAACACAUCUGUCGGAUACGUCCGGAGAGGAGAGCGUGUGGUUGAAGAUGGCAGCUCCUAUGGCACAGCGGGGCCUGGCAGACAUGCCGGACCUGAGCCAUCUCACUGAGGAAGAGAGGAAGAUCAUCCAGGAUGUUUUGGACCGUCAGAAGAGGGAAGAUGAGAAGGAGCAGUCCAUGUUAAAGAAGCUGCACCAGCAGUUUGAGUCAUAUAAGGACCUGGUCAAGAAGAUGGCGGAUGAGGCCCAGGCAGCUCCUGAGCAAAAAAGCGAGGCUCCCACCUGCGGAAUUUGCCACAAGACAAAAUUUGCCGAUGGCUGCGGCCACGUUUGUUCAUAUUGCCAAACCAAGUUCUGUGCCCGCUGUGGGGGACGGGUAUCUCUCCGCUCCAACAAGGUAAUGUGGGUAUGCAACUUGUGCCGAAAACAACAGGAAAUCCUCACCAUGUCUGGAGCCUGGUUCUACAACGAACCAGGAUCCGUGAUGCCCACGGGGGUCAUGCGCCGCCGCCAUGAAGAGGCUCCUCAGGAAAAGAAAGCCAAACUGCAGGAGGCUCCAUUACUGUACCAAGGACCACCUGGUGAUCGAAGCAGGGCUCCUGGCCUUCCUCGCCAGCACUCCCUUGACCCUGACAGGAAAAGAAGUCCAUCUGCAUCCAGGGAGCCAAACCCAAACUUCCAAAGGGAUGAGAGGCCAUCUCACUACGUUCCGGGGCAGGGUGGCAUGCCGCGAUCGCCCUCUGACUAUGGCCGCCACUACGAAGGUGCGCAGUCGGCACGAGCAUCAUACAGAGCCCGCCACGGUGGCUGGCACUCACAAGAGGAGGAGCUGCGCCCUCCUGAGCCGGGCUUGAUACCUGAACACGAGCUCCAGCGCCAGCAGGAGUGCCACACUCGGUACCGCAGCGACCCGAACCUGGCACGAUACCCGGUAAAGCCACAGCCAUACGAAGAGCAGAUGCGGAUGCACGCCGAGAUGUCGCGCUUCCGUCACGAGCGCCGCCACAGCGACGUCUCGUUGGCAUGCACCGAAGCUGAAGAACGACCCGGUGCCUGGCGUUACGGACACGUCCAAUCGCACGGCUCGGCCUAUCCCCACCGAACUUCCAAUCCUGGCCCGCGGGACAAGAUGGAGAACCUGCUACGCAAUGACUCGCUCAGCUCCGACCAGUCAGAGUCGGUGCGUCCACCACCUCCCAGACCUCACAAAAGCAAGAGAGGUGGCAAGACGAGACGGGCGUCGCUAAGCAGUUCAGACGAGGAGUUGCCCACUACACCCGAGUAUACCAGCUGCGAGGACGUGGAGAUUGAAAGCGAGUCGGUCAGUGAGAAAGGGGACAGUCAAAGGGGAAAAAGAGAAACUAUUGAGCAGGCACACACCUUAACAGAGGGCCAAAAGAAAAUGGUGCGCUUUUGGGGCCACUCGUUGGAGGAGGAUGCUGAGUGGGGCGAGCCGCAGGUUAAAGACUCGGGCGUUGACACGUGCAGUAGCACGACGCUAAAUGAGGAGCAUAGCCAUAGUGAGAAGCACCCCGUCACGUGGCAGCCGUCUAAAGAUGGGGAUCGGCUAAUUGGCCGCAUCCUUCUGAACAAGCGGCUUAAGGACGGGACUGUCCCGCGUGACUCUGGUGCCCUCCUGGGCCUUAAGGUGGUUGGAGGAAAAAUGACACAGUCUGGUAGACUUUGUGCAUUCAUUACCAAAGUAAGAAAAGGAAGUUUAGCAGACACAGUCGGACACCUCAGACCAGGUGAUCAGGUAUUGGAGUGGAAUGGGACGAACUUACAAGGAGCCACAUUUAAAGAAGUUUACAAUAUUAUUUUAGAAUCAAAGCCAGAGCCUCAGGUGGAACUGGUUGUCUCUCGACCCAUCAGAGAUAUUCCCAGGAUACCAGACAGCACACAUACACAACUGGAAUCAAGUUCCAGCUCAUUUGAGUCACAGAAGAUGGACCGGCCAUCCAUAUCCAUCACGUCUCCCAUGAGCCCCGGCAUGCUGCGAGAUGCACCGCAGUACUUAUCCGGACAGCUCUCUAGCCAAAGCCUUAGUAGGAGAAUAGAGCCUUUUAACCCUAGGGUUCAGGUUAAACUCUGGUACGACAAAGUGGGCCAUCAGCUCAUUGUUACCAUACUGGGUGCCAAGGACUUGCCGUCGCGGGAAGAUGGCAGACCGAGGAAUCCCUACGUCAAAAUCUACUUCCUUCCAGACCGGAGUGACAAAAGCAAAAGAAGAACUAAAACAGUAAAGAAGUCAUUAGAGCCCAAGUGGAACCAAACGUUCAUGUACUCACCCGUGCACCGGCGAGAGUUUCGUGAACGCAUGCUGGAGAUCACGCUGUGGGACCAGGCACGAGUCCGAGAAGAGGAGAGUGAGUUUCUAGGAGAGAUUUUGAUUGAGCUUGAGACAGCGCUGAUGGAUGAUGAGCCUCACUGGUACAAGCUGCAGAUGCAUGAUGUCUCAUCAGUUCCUCUUCCUAAGAGUUCCCCCUACCUGCAGAGGAGAACACUGCAUGGCGAGAGUCCUAAUCGCAGACUGCAAAGGUCUCACAGGAUUAGUGACAGUGAGAUUUCUGAUUAUGACUGUGAGGAUGGUGUGGGUGUCAUGUCAGAUUACCGACCAAAUGGGCGGGAAUUCCAAAGCUCCACCCUCUCUGUGCCUGAGCAGGUCCUCUCGUCCAAUCAUUGCUCACGGUCUGUGGAUAUUAAUCGAGCACGUUCCAGAUCGCCAAGUGUUCCCCCGCCACAGAGGAACUACAGCAUGUCGGACAGGCACCAAAUGGAACGGCCCAUGUACACACGCUCGCGCUCCACUGAGCGCCCCCCUGAUGCCCACCACAUGAGAUCGUCUAUGCCCGUGCUGACAUCCGGACGCUCUGCGCCAUCCUCACCUGCCUUAUCGAGGGCACACCCUCGCAGCGGAUCAGCCCAAACCAGCCCCACCAGCACGCCCAUGAACAGCCGGAGAGGACGGCAGCUCCCGCAGCUGCCCUCAAAGGGGACGCUAGACAGGAAUGAACGGGAAGAAACUGAUCCUGGUCCAGCAGGUACUAUGGACAUGGAUGAGAAGACACGACAGAUGAAGCAGAAGGUGGAAAAGUAUAAGCAAGGAACCGGCUCUGACUCCCGUCUCGAACAGGACCGGCACUCGAAGCAUCUGGGCAGGGAUGGCAAGCCCGGGAUGGACAGUCUCUCCGCCAAAUCGUCCGACAGUGACGUGAGCGACGUGUCCGCUGUGUCGAGAAGCAGCAGUGCCUCUCGCUUCAGCAGCGCGAGCUACAUGUCCGUCCAGUCCGAACGGCCGCGGGGAAACCGCAAGAUCAGCAGAACCAUGCCGGGGCGGAGCCUAUCCAGGGAGGGGCUUUCUGGGGAGGUGUUGCAUGAGGAGGAGGAGGGAGGGGUGGGGAAAAGUGGGCGGGGCAGGAUGGAAAAGACACAUAGCGUAGAUAGAGAGGAGGCGGAGUCUAACCGGGACGCUGCUCAGAGGCAUCUGUCAGAGAACGACCUCAGUGACUUUGCGUCUAAAAUGAAAAACAGGCAAAUGGGCAUGACAAGCGGAACCAACCUGAGCAAGAGCACCAGCAUUGGCGGUGACAUGUGCAGCCUGGAGAAGAAUGAUGGCAGCCAAUCGGACACAGCCGUGGGCCUGGUCGGCGGAAACCUCAAGAAGAGGCGCUCCAGCAUCGGGGCGAAGAUGGCCGCCGUGGUGGGCAUGUCUCGAAAGAGUCGCAGCACCUCGCAGCUCAGCCAGACAGAAGCAGGAGGGAAGAAAUUGCGCAGUACGGUUCAGAGAAGCACAGAGACGGGCCUGGCUGUGGAGAUGAGGAGCAGGAUGACGAGGCAGGCGAGCCGUGAAUCCACUGAUGGCAGCAUGAACAGCUUCAGCUCUGAGGCCACCCUCAUCUUCCCUGGCGUACGACUCUCAUCAGAUAGCCAGUUCAGUGACUUUCUGGAUGGACUUGGCCCCGCCCAGCUAGUCGGACGGCAGACUUUGGCGACACCUCCUAUGGGUGACAUUCAGAUUGGAAUGGUGGAGAAGAAAGGAGCUCUGGAGGUGGAGGUCAUUCGAGCCCGAGGCCUUGUGGGAAAACCAGGAUCUAAGGCACUGCCAGCCCCCUACGUGAAGGUCUACCUACUGGAGAAUGGAGUCUGCAUAGCCAAAAAGAAAACAAAAGUAGCACGUAAAACCCUGGACCCUCUUUAUCAGCAGCAACUGUCCUUCGAGGAGAGUCCAGGUGGAAAAGUCUUACAGGUGAUCGUGUGGGGAGAUUACGGCCGAAUGGAUCACAAAUCGUUCAUGGGCGCCAUUCAGAUACUUUUAGACGAGCUGGACUUGUCCAACAUGGUGAUUAGCUGGUUUAAGCUCUUUCCUCCGUCCUCGCUGGUGGAUCCUACUCUGGCUCCCAUGACUCGAAGAGCGUCCCAGACCUCCCUGGACUCGGCACCGUUUAGCCGCUCGUAGCGCCGCGCUAAUCACUAGCGUUGUUGUAGCAUCCCGUCGGUGGGAGUGAGAGAUUUGAGGCUGAUCGCUUCCCCCAGUAACACACACUGCAUGCUUGGUGUUGUCUUCUGAGCCUGUUUUUUAGGGGUGAAACUAAAAGCGGUCUGUGUUUGCUCGCAAAAAUGAUCAUAAUAUAUUAAUAAUGAAUAAGAUUAAUAAAACCUUGCACAUGUUCACGUGCAUGGAGAGUGAGUGGCCUCUAUAGACGGGGAACAGGCGGAUGAGGGAACGGAAACGGACCUAUUUUGUCCAAUUUGAAGCCAUUCAGUGUGGGUUUGAACUCUGAUUUCUACACAAGCCCAUAUUAUUAUUAUAUCUCAUUUCCUUUUUUUUUUUUUCGUUGACGUAUUUCUAUGUGAAUGGGCGACGUGCGUUUCCUGGGUCACGCCAUUCCAACAGACCCAGAGUGGAAUGCUUAACCUUUACGGAGAUGCCGCAGUUUGUGUUACACCACCUGCACUCCCCAGAUAUGCACACACACUAGCCGAAUGAGACUGUUUUCAGAUUUUUAAACGCAAUACAGAGAAUGUAAACUGGGAAGUGAAACUGAUCCUCCGGAUGAACUUUCAGGAUCCGGAACAAUUUCUCUGUUGAUAUUGUACGAAAUUUAAAGGGACUCAGUUUUUUUU